GAGUAGAUAAGCCAGGCGUUAAGCUACUGCAUGCACCACGGUUAAUUUCCGCAAGCGCGACGCAUCUGUACGGGGAAGCGCGACAGCCCCCUUUACUAUCCCCCAUACCUAUCGGACCAUUCCAGGCGCUUCACGACUCGAUGCUCCCUUCUUCUCCAGACGCGCUACUUGUUAGCAAUUGUAGCCGCCGCACUGCUCACACACACGUUGUUUGCCUACCUGCCUGUUGAGCGCGCGCGCCACCGUCUCAGAUAGCCGCCUCCUCACGCCCUUUCAUUUCGCGGGGGCCGCCAUCAUCUCCGAGAGCCACCUCAUGAGAGCUAGCUGCGCCUCUCGUCGCUAUGAGGGAUGACGCUACAGCAGAAGCUACAGAAGCCUCUGGCAGCGUCCUGACUGCGACAACCUCAGAUCCCAGCGCGCAUCACUCGCCUGCCAUCGAUGCGCCCUCGAAUGCAGCGAAACCCUCGUCGAAGGGCCCCGCCACGCGCGGAUGGCUCAGCAAUGUGCGCCGCCCGCGAACGAGCCCAGGACCCAAAGCGUCUGCUCUCAGACGGACGCAGAUGCUCGCCGACGACGAUGAUCGCAGAGACUCAGCCUUGGCGUCAUCUAACUGCACCGCGACUAGCAACGCGCCCUCGUCGCCCACCAGUCUGCGCAGGACUCCAAGUCUCCCUGCCAUUGUCGUCCAGGAUGAGCACGUAGUGGGGUCGCGCAGUCACUCACUGGACUCGGGCGGUGCUGGUGAAUCACCGUUUCAGGGCAUCGACAUGGACAUUCCAACCGGCAGCUUCGACGACUUCACCUCCACCACCCAGAUAUCCUUCUCGAAACGGGGCAGCAUGAUGCUGGGUGGAAAGAAGGCGAACAGGCGCAGUAAACAGAUCAACCUGGUACUGGAAGGAGCGAAUGCGCCUACAUCUCGACCUAGCACACCACCACGGAUGGCAGAGCAACAGCCACCGAGAGAACAACAAGCGCUCUUGCCGCCCUCUGCAAUACCCUCUGCGAUUCACCUGUCGCCUACACCGCGUUCGCCGUCGCGCUUCUCUGCACGUGGUAGAGCAGGCCACCGUGUGCUCUCUACAGACGAGAUGAUGUUGUCGCGCAAGGUGCGCUCGAUGUACAAGCACGGCAACGAGAGUGAUGUCAAUUGGGAUGCGGAAACUAGCAGCUUGCCAGACACCUCAGCUAAAAAUAGCUUUGCCUCCAAUAAUCCUGCGAACGAAUCGACCUUGACCGUAAAUCGCAAACAAGACGAUUCGAGCUCUUUCGUGAGUUCGAGAGGAGACGAUUAUAUACCCAAAGAACCCACAGAGACAGCAGGAGGACUUGAGGACUGGGCCGAUCUGGAAGGGGCCGAGGUCGAUAGAUAUGGCUUCAUUGUGGCAAGGAAAUCUGGCUCUCGCGAAGGCGCGAAUGGUGGCGGACUAGAUGGACCUGACGAACCACAUAUACAGCGAGUCUCAACAGCUCUACAACUUGUAUCUGAAGAACCACGGCGAAAAGGCGGAAUCGGACGGAGCGUUUCUCGGGCACGGUCAGCUAGGUCGACUGGGCCUCCACGGUCUCCGCCCAAGAGACAGGUAUCGCAGAAGUCCUCGAAGCAGGCGAGAUCGAUCUUCUCGAACAGAACUUCAGGCACGCGGGCAUCACAUCACCCAUUGCGCUCGGCGACGAACAGGUUGCCUCAUAACAGAGAGCGUCGAAUGCUAGAUGAAGCAAGUGACAUGCUCAAGUUGCCGCCAGGACUUGCACAGGUCGCCGAACAGCGAGAGGGUGGUAGAAUGGCCCGUGCGAUGAAGGCAAAGGAGAUCGCAAGAGACGAAAAAUGGCGAUCCAUGGCGAAGGUGGUGAAGACCGGCGCAGGGAAAGGUGGCGGCAUGCUUUUCGAAUUCGACAUGCAAGAUCCUAAGCUGGUCACACGCACAUGGAAAGGUAUCCCAGACCGCUGGAGAGCGACCGCGUGGCACUCUUUCCUUGCAGAGAGUGCGAAGAAGAAGCCGGACAGUCCUUCAGAAGAGGAAUUGAUCGAGUGCUUCUACGAACUCCAGACAGAGAGCUCGGCUGAAGAUGUUCAGAUCGAUGUUGAUGUUCCACGGACGAUCAACAGACAUAUCAUGUUCAGGCGGCGCUAUCGUGGAGGCCAACGACUAUUAUUCCGCGUACUCCACGCCAUGUCUCUAUACUUGCCAGAGACAGGCUAUGUCCAGGGGAUGGCACCUCUUGCUGCUACCUUACUCUGCUACUACGAAGAGGACAGAGCUUUCGUCAUGCUGGUCCGGCUGUGGCAGCUUCGAGGCCUGGAGAGACUCUACGAGUCUGGAUUCUCUGGUCUGAUGGAUGCGCUGGACGACUUCGAAAAGAACUGGCUGCGUGGAGGAGAUGUAGCCAAGAAGCUCGACGAGAUGGGUAUUACCUCGACCGCCUGGGGAACUCGUUGGUACCUGACUUUGUUCAACUAUUCUCUGCCGUUCCAGGCCCAGCUACGCGUCUGGGACGUCUUCAUGCUCCUAGGCGACGCCUCCCAUUCAAACUCCCCAACAUCUAAAUUCAGCGGCGAUCUGGAUGUGCUACACGCUACAUCCGCAGCUCUAAUCGAUGCGACGAGGGAGAUCCUCCUCGAUUCGGAUUUCGAGAACGCCAUGAAGGUAUUGACCUCCUGGAUCCCAAUCAAGGACGAGGACCUUCUCAUGCGCGUGGCAAGAACCGAAUAUAAGUUGCGGAAAAAGCGAGCGAGUGCUUGAAAGAGGAUGCCGCUCCGAUCCUUUGGACUCGACCAAAUCUAUGGGAAGCCGAUGAGGAGCGGGAUCGGGAAGUUGAGUGGGGUCCUGGCCCGCCACUCCGCAUAUCCUUACUUGUUUGAGCAACACUUAACGGGCCAGCGUCGAUCUUCUGAGAUCAGUGGCUUGACGGCGUCGCGUGCAAUCAACGUGGCUGUCACGUUCCCGCGACGGCGAUCCGCAAAACCCUGCUUUUCUGACAAGAUGGUAAACUUUUCAUCCACUUAUAGCAAACUCU